AUGGUGAAAGCCCGGCUCUUCCGGCUCUGGCUGGCCCUGGGCUCCCUCCUCACGAUCUUGGUGAUCAUCGUGUACUGGGACAACGUGGGCACCGCCCACUUCUACUUGCACACAUCACUGUCCAGGCCGCACCCACCAGAGCCACCCGCCACGCCUGGGCCAGACGAGGGGAGGGACUCCACAUCGGACGUGGACGAGUUCCUGGACAAGCUGCUUGGCUCAAGCCUGAAGCAGAAUGACGCAUCCAGAACGCAGCCUGAGCAGCGCCCCUCGCUGGCCUCCAGCCGGCCCAGCCUGAGCAACAUGGAGGAAAGUGUGAGGGGCUACGACUGGUCUCCCCACGACACCCAGCAGAGCCCGGACCAGGACAGGCUGCAGGCCGAGCGAAGGCGUGUGCUGAAGGACUACUGUGCCAACUCGAGCCUCACCUUCCCCACCAAGGGGCGCUCAUUCGACGACAUCCCCAACUAUGAGCUGAACCACCUCAUAGUGGACGACCGCCACGGGGUCAUCUACUGCUAUGUGCCCAAGGUGGCCUGCACCAACUGGAAGCGGGUGAUGAUCGUCCUGAGCGGGAGCCUGCUGGACCAGGGGGCACCCUACCGGGAGCCGCUAGGCAUCCCCCGCGAGCACGUCCACAACUCCAGCACCCACCUGACCUUCAACAAGUUCUGGCGCCGCUACGGCAAGUUCUCACGCCACCUCAUGAAAAUCAAGCUGAAGAAGUACACCAAGUUCCUGUUCGUGCGGGACCCCUUCGUGCGCCUCAUCUCCGCCUUCCGCAGCAAGUUCCAGCUGGAGAACGAGGAGUUCUACCGCAAGUUCGCAGUGCCCAUGCUGAAGACGUAUGCCAACUUCACCAGCCUGCCCGCCUCCGUCAGCGAGGCCUUCCGUGCCGGCCUCAAGGUGUCCUUCAACACCUUCAUCCAGUACCUGCUGGACCCACACACCGAGAGGCUGGCGCCCUUCAACGAGCACUGGAGGCAGGUCUACCGCCUCUGCCACCCCUGCCAGAUUGACUACGACUUUGUGGGCAAGCUGGAGACGCUGGACACGGAUGCCACGCAGCUGCUGCGGCUGCUCAAAGUGGACCAGCUGCUCCGCUUCCCUCCGAGCUACCGCAACAGAACCGCCAGCAGCUGGGAGGAGGACUGGUUCGCCAGGAUCCCGCUGGCCUGGAGGCAGCAGCUGUACAAACUCUACGAAGCAGACUUUGUUCUCUUUGGCUACCCUAAGCCUGAAAACCUUCUUCAAGACUGA